CUCAACUCUCGGUAUAAGAAACCCGGACUCCCUGUAUAUCCUACCGGAAUUGCGCAAUAGAUCCGCUAAGGACUGCGCGGCGCGGCGUUUAAAAAGCGGCGACACAUCGCGAUUCGCGGUCCAAUCUUUUCGCUGGUGUCGCAUCGCUGACAUCGAGUCGAGACUCUUCUACUGCUAUUCUUGCUCUUGCUGCUAUUGGCGGUGCUCAUCAGGAAGCAGACUACCUCUUUGCACUGCUAUCAGUUUUCGCAGAUAUCCGGAAUGAGGGAAUGUAUCUCUGUCCACAUCGGCCAAGCUGGCGUCCAAAUCGGCAAUGCCUGCUGGGAGCUGUACUGCCUGGAGCACGGUAUCCAACCUGAUGGACAAAUGCCUUCAGACAAGACAAUCGGAGGAGGAGAUGAUAGCUUUAACACUUUUUUCAGUGAAACAGGAGCUGGAAAGCACGUUCCUAGAGCGGUUUUUGUCGACCUGGAACCUACCGUUGUUGACGAGGUACGCACAGGCACCUACAGGCAACUGUUCCAUCCUGAGCAGUUGAUAACUGGUAAAGAGGACGCAGCUAACAACUAUGCACGUGGGCACUAUACAAUAGGAAAAGAGAUAGUGGACGUAGUUCUUGAUAGAAUCAGAAAACUGGCUGACCAAUGCACUGGCUUACAGGGAUUUUUAGUCUUCCAUUCAUUCGGAGGAGGUACUGGAUCAGGCUUCACCAGCUUAUUGAUGGAAAGAUUGAGCGUGGAUUAUGGAAAAAAAUCUAAAUUGGAAUUUUCGAUAUAUCCCGCGCCACAGGUAUCUACAGCUGUGGUUGAACCAUAUAACUCCAUCCUUACAACACAUACCACCUUGGAACAUUCAGACUGUGCUUUUAUGGUAGACAAUGAAGCCAUCUAUGAUAUCUGUCGUAGGAAUUUGGACAUCGAAAGGCCUACGUACACAAAUUUGAACCGACUUAUUGGACAGAUCGUAUCGUCAAUCACAGCCUCUCUUCGUUUCGACGGAGCUCUAAACGUGGACCUGACUGAAUUCCAAACAAACCUGGUGCCUUAUCCUCGCAUCCAUUUUCCUUUGGCCACUUACGCGCCCGUCAUCUCUGCUGAGAAAGCUUACCACGAACAACUGACUGUUGCUGAAAUCACGAACGCCUGCUUUGAACCUGCCAAUCAGAUGGUCAAAUGCGAUCCUAGGCAUGGAAAGUACAUGGCUUGCUGUAUGCUAUACAGAGGUGACGUGGUUCCGAAAGAUGUAAACGCAGCCAUAGCGACAAUAAAAACCAAAAGGACCAUACAGUUUGUGGAUUGGUGUCCAACUGGAUUCAAAGUAGGGAUCAACUACCAACCACCUACCGUUGUGCCAGGAGGUGAUCUGGCUAAAGUACAAAGAGCUGUUUGCAUGCUGUCCAACACCACAGCUAUUGCCGAGGCUUGGGCUAGGUUGGACCACAAGUUUGAUUUGAUGUAUGCGAAGAGGGCUUUCGUGCACUGGUACGUCGGAGAAGGAAUGGAAGAAGGAGAAUUCUCUGAGGCUCGAGAGGAUUUGGCUGCACUGGAAAAAGACUACGAAGAGGUGGCCGUUGAUUCCAUCGAAGCGGAAGCUGACGAAGGAGACGAGUACUAAUGUCUAUAUUAUUAUUGCCUGAGGAAACAUAUCUAGGAAGAACCAUGGUUUGAUUGAACUUGUGGACAUCAGAAAUUACUUAUCACAUUUUCCUACAAUUGUAGUUACGAUAGAAGUAUCCAGGAACUGUACACAUAGUUACUGUUCAAAGAGAGCGGUAAACAGUAGUUAAUAAGUAGAGAUGAAUAAAAAACUAAAGAAUCUUGUAGCAUUUCGAGUUGCCGGAGGAUUUUAUUUUGAGCAAGAUAUAACAAAAUAGGAAAGUGUGAAAAAAUAGCAUGUUUCCUUCCCAGAUUCAUGAUCAAUCGCGUUUAAAAACCACUCAUUUUUUUCUAUGAAGGUGUAUCGAUUAGUAAUAUUUUACAAGUAGUAUGCACUACAAAAUUUUGUCAAUGCUUAUAUAUUUAAAUAAUAAAUGUAGUACUAAUAGUGAUAUAAUAUAAUAAAUACAAAUAGUAUUACAUCUUUAUAUGCACGGAUAUUUUAUAAACUUUUUAGCAAUUAA